UACGGAAAUAAGUUGUUGCAGGAUAUAAUCCUCGGGAUCUUUGAGGUUUUUAUAAACAACUUUAAUAAACAGAGAGGUCGUCUCUGUAGCUGAAACGGGCGUGGGAGCACAAAGCCACAAACUUGACAAAAGUUUCCGCCGCCGCCGCCUGAGAAACACCUAGAAGAAGAAGAAGAAGUUGCCUUCUCAAGUGCUUAUCAUUUCUUUGUUUGACGAUGUAUGUCACUUCUUCUGACGGUGCUACAACAUUUUCUUCAUCUCGUACUGGUAAUUUUCUCUCCCCUGGUUUGAGUUGUGAUGCGAGUAGAAAGACGAAUGAGGAUGGUGAAAGUUCCAAUGCUAGUAAGGUGAAGGACUUUCAAACUGGACAGAUCUGGUCAUAUUACAGUGGCAAAGAUGACUUGCCUCUGUACUACUGUAGGAUUCAGAAGAUCACUGUUACUCAAGUAUUCGAGGAGGAAGCAGUAGUCAAAAUAUGUGUAUAUCGGUUAAAGGCUACUCCUUUCCCUGCGAAUGUCAUCCAGUGGGAAGACAAGAAAAUGCCUGUUGGUUGUGGAACUUUCAUGGUGACUAAAAUUUUCGAAGCAUUCACUACAGAUGAUGUUUCACUUCUUGUAGUGCCUCAAACCUCCAUGGAUGGAACUGAACAUACCAUUCUUCCCAAAACUGGGGAUGUUUGGGCCAUAUACAGAUCUUGGACGUGUCACAAGGAGUUCAAGGACAUGGGUUCCUGCAGCUAUGACAUUGUGGAAGUUCUUGAUAACACCUUGGACUAUAAGGUUUUAGCUUUGGAGCCUGCAUUGUUUUCUAAUGAAGAGGAAGGUAAAAAUUCAUUCUUCAGAGCAGCUGAGAGUAGGCAUCCUGAUUGGGACGUUGAGGAUGGGUUGGAAGUGACAUUUACAAUCCCCAAGUCAAAAAUGCUCAGAUUCUCACAUCAGAUUCCUGCUACUCGAGUAACCAAGGUAGUAAACGGGGAUUUGAAAGAGCUUUUUGAAGUUGAUUCCAGAGCCUUACCUUCAAACGUGAGGUUUCAAGACCAUGGAGUAAAGAGGGAACAGUAGAGAAGGAUUACAUUUUGUGAAGCGUUUGGUGCAUUUGGUCGAAAAUUUUUCUAUGGUUUGAGAUCUGAGACCUAAAAACUUAUGUAGACUUUUUUCAUGGACAUGCUUCUCUUGUUGGUUCAAUCUAUGGAAAGACUUGUAUUUCGGGAAAGCUAUGAGGAUACUAACUAUUA